GGGAGCCACACACUAAGCUACAGAUCCCACAGGGAAACUGAUGCUACGUCCCUCGAGGCAAGCGGAUCAAGUUGUGUCUUGGAACUCCAAAGAAGGGCGAACGUCUUCCCCUUUUCAACACCAACACCUACAAUUUCGUCCUGGAAACCAGAAAGCGUUCUGACAAUGAAACAAUUCAAAGGACUCAGCCGUCUUCAAUGAUGGCAGACUUCGGUGAGAUCCUGAGGGCCGUCGGCGACUUCGGCCUGUUCCAGAAAUGUCUGCUGGCGGGACUCCUUCUCCCGACCAUGGUACUGCCCAUGCACUUCUACAGCGUGAUGUUCACGCAUGCCGGCUCCUUUCACCACUGCAACACGGACUGGAUCCUGGAAGUGAGCCCAAACCUGACCGCUGAGGAGCAGCUCAACCUCACUCUGCCCCAGGGCCAGGAUGGGUCCUUCAAGAGCUGCGAGAUGUUCACACCCGUGGACCGGGACAUUGAAUCCAUCAGGGACUAUGGGAUCAACCAGACCACUGACUGCACGGAUGGCUGGGUGUAUGACACCUCGGUGUACAAGUCCAGUAUAGUCUCUGAAUUUGAUCUAGUCUGUGAUAAGGUGAACUUUGUGGGUGUGGCACAGACUGUUUUUAUGGCCGGUAUCCUUUUUGGGUCCUUCAUAUUUGGCCCCCUGGCUGAGUCGUUGGGAAGAAAGCGAGCAGUGCAGAUACCAGUGGUCCUCAUGGCCAUUUCCAGUGUGGGAUCUGCACUUUCUCCAAAUUUCUAUGUGUACCUAGCAGUCCAGUUUAUUGUUGGAGUUUCUUAUGGAGGUUAUCGUGUCAACUGCAUAAUUCUGGCUACAGAGUGGAUUGGUAUGACAAAGCGGACCUACCCCUCUGCUCUGUGUCAGGUGUUCGGUGGCAUUGGUCAGAGUGUCCUUGCCGGGAUCGCCUAUUUCAUCCGCGACUGGAGAACUGCUCAGUUUGUCAUUGCAUCCCCCUGGGCUCUUGUUAUCCUCUACAUAUGGAUAAUUCCGGAAUCUGCACGGUGGCUGCUUGACAGAGGUAGAACAGAAGAGGCAGAAAAGCUCAUUCUCAUGGCUGCGGCUGUCAAUAAACAAAAAAUACCUGACAACAUCAUGGAAAAGGUUGUAAAUAACAAAAAAGGAGACAGAGGCACUGUAACAGAUCUUUUCACUUCACCCCUGCUCAGAAAAUACUUCUUAAUCAUAGUAUGCUCAUGGUUUUCCCUGAACCUUUCCUACUACUGCAUAACGUUGAAUGUUGGAGAAUUUGGCAUGGACAUCUUCCUGACGCAGCUUAUCUUUGGGCUGACUGAAAUCCCAGCUCAAAUACUUUGUGCCUGGUUAAUGGAAGUCUUGGGAAGAAAGAUUACUGUUGCCAUUGCUCUUCUGCUGGGUGGAUUUCUCAGUCUGCUGCUCUUGGCUGUCCCACAAGAAAACGCAAUUGCCAUCACAGUGUUUGCUACUGCAGGAAGGCUGUCCAUGAACAUGGCAGGCACAAUCUGCAAUGUCUAUGUUCAGGAGUUGUUCCCCACCUCUAUCCGACAAACAGCCAAUGGUUUGGGUGCCAUGGCAACAAGAGCAGCAGGAAUGCUGUCCCCAAUACUCAACAUGUUGGCAGUGUUCCACAGGGUGAUUCCCAUUCUGGUCUACAGUGGCCUGUGUAUAUUUUCUGGUGCUCUCUGUUUCCUACUGCCUGAGACCAGACGGAAAGAGCUGCCGGAUUCACCUGAGGAUCUGGAGAUAAACCGGGAUAUGAAUAUCAGGAAGAAUAACAGAAGUAACCCAGAUGGUGGCACACAAAGGUCCACCAAACUCUAACCAAUUCAAGGACAUGCUUGGACAAGGUUCCUCCACAGAGAAAACUCUGAUACAAGGGAAGAUGCCGUGAACCCCAUAAUGUUUUGGACAAAGAAAGCUCUGAUACAAGGGAAAACGCCGUGAACCCCAUAAUGUUUGAUACAAAGACAUAUUUUUUUCUUGAUUUGGCUCUGUACUCCACAAUUUUAGAUUUGUAAUCAAACAAUUCACGUGUGGUUAAAGCGAAGAUCUCAACUUUUAGUAUUUUUUGUUAGGGUAUUUUUUUUUUU